AUGCUGAACGUGGGCGCUGCGUGGGCUUACGGCGUCGGGCUGAAAGUUGGACCAAGGAUGGCCGACGUGAAGGCUACUAAACAAGAAAGAUGGACGACUGGUGGUGCUACUAGCUGUCCGUUUCACGGCCACCGGAGCUUCGCCGCGCAGCCGCUUUCCGCCUGUACCUGCAUAUCCUCCGCCGCCCGCUACAGCACUCUGCCGCCAUCUCUCACCACCUCACUGUCUUUCUACCUUCACAUUACCAACCCUCGCCCGACCACCCGAAAUACACGUCGACCUCCGUCGUAUCGUCGCCAGACCACCAUGAGCACCGUCCGCCGUUCGCCGUGA